GCCCGCGCUCGUCCCGCCUUCUUGUGAGCAGAAAACACUCUGGUUUCCAUCGUACGGGACCGGCUGCCGCUUCCUUUGAAGCUUCAUCUCUCAGCUCACUCUCUACCAAUCAUUCUCUCUCUUUCUUUCCUUUAUCUACCUCUCUCUCUCUCUCUCUCUGCUCAUCCUGCUGCUCUCGCUACCUCUGCCGUUCAGAACAGGGUUGUGUAUUGUCGGGGUUGAGGGGUUUGUGUUGUCAGAUAGAGGAGGGAACAUGCAGCAUCCCGGAGGAACAUGCGUGGCGUUACCCAACGUGGACGCCUGUCCUCAGCUGUCCUGCGCCGCCCUCACCUUCAUGUAUUUACAGCAGGGUAACCAGGACACACCGGCACCCCCGGAUCCAUCCAUGGCCCAGGCUUACCCAUCAGCCCAGUUUGCCCCCCCUCCCCAGAACGGCAUUCCAACUGAGUUCACAGCUUCACACCCCCAUUCACAUCCACAUUCCCACCCACAUCCUCACCAGCACCCAGCAGCACCGCAGGACUACACCGGGAUCCAGGCCUCCGUCAGCGAGCAUCCACUCAACAUGUACCAGUCCUCACAGAGCCACAGUGAGCAGAGCGCGUCAGACUCCGGCAGUCAGACGGUCACCGGCACAGCCACACAGACAGAUGAUGCUGCCCAGACGGACAGUCAGCCACCAACACAGACUGUACCUGAAAGCACAGACAGCAAGGCCCAGCCCAAGAGACUUCAUGUCUCCAACAUCCCCUUCAGGUUCAGAGACCCAGACCUCAGGCAAAUGUUUGGCCAAUUUGGCAAAAUCUUAGAUGUGGAAAUCAUCUUCAACGAGCGCGGUUCGAAGGGUUUUGGGUUCGUAACGUUCGAGCAUAGCGUGGACGCCGACAGGGCCAGAGAGAAAUUACAUGGCACCGUGGUAGAAGGCCGUAAAAUAGAGGUCAACAAUGCAACAGCCCGAGUAAUGACAAAUAAGAAGACUGUCAACCCAUAUGCAAAUGGCUGGAAGUUAAAUCCAGUGGUCAGCGCUGUCUACAGCCCAGAAUUCUAUGCAGUACCAGGUUUUCCCUAUCCAGCAGCCAGUGCAGCAGCGGCGUACAGAGGAGCCCACCUACGAGGUCGAGGACGGACCGUUUACAACACAUUCAGGGCGGCUGCUCCGCCUCCCCACAUUCCAGCUUACGGAGGUGUUGUUUACCAGGAUGGAUUUUAUGGUGCAGAUAUUUAUGGUGGUUACGCUGCCUACAGAUAUGCCCAGCCUACUGCUGCCACAGCUGCUGCAUACAGUGACAGUUACGGACGAGUAUAUGCUGCCGACCCCUAUAACCACACACUCACUCCAGCAGCCACAUACAGCGUUGGUGCCAUGAAUGCGUUUGCCCCGCUGACAGAUGCCAAAACUCGGAGCCAUGCAGACGACGUGGGGCUCGUGCUGUCCUCUCUCCAAGCUAGUAUAUACCGGGGAGGGUACAGUCGCUUUGCACCCUAUUAGCAACACCUCCGACCUACUAUACUCAACCUUCCAACGGGAGAGAAAGAAAGUGUGUGUGCGAGCGAGUGUGUGAGCGAAUGAGAGCAGAGGAGAGAUGUUACUGAGGCCUGGGUAUUGCAAUACAUGCAGUUUGUGCAUCAUUUCAGCAUCUCCUAAGAGAGAAGUACAAAAAAAGAAUAAAAUGACAGCUGAUAUUUUUCAUCUUAUACCUCAGAUAUUUUGUGCUGUGUAUUUUGAUAUUGUGGAUUUUUAAUUUCUAAAGAUUUAAACAUAGAUUAUCAGCUGUAGAGGUUUUUCCAUGGUACUAAUAGAGCGCUGCUAGAGUAAUGAUUAGGACAGAGGAAAUAUUUAUCAGAUUCAAAUUGUUAGGGCUUGUAUAGAACUUCAAUCCUGUAAGAUAGGUCAUAGUCAAACUUUCGGGUUUUUAUGUUUUGUAAGAGUGUUAAAGUGACUAUGCCAGUCAAGUGUUGUUGUUUUACUUCUCUCAGCUUUCUUUGGCACUUCCUCUGUCAGUUUAGCAAUGAUAAUGUUGUUUUAUAGUUUGGUUUGGGAGGAAGUAAAGAAGCCUUGGAAAACAAUCGACACAGACAAUAUGUUCCUUUAAGGGUAGGGUGUUAAAGAAGCUGAGGGCAGCCAUGAUUGUUAUUUUUUAAGUCCAUUAUCUUGAGAUCACAAUUUGAUUUUUUUUAUCUUGUUACCUCAAGAACAAACUGUUUACUUAUUACUGCAACUUCACAUGCUUAUAAUUAUUUUGACAAACCAAAAUAAUAAUUUCUUUUUUUUCCUUAUGUUUCUUAACAUAUGAAAUUGCAUUGCAUUCACAAAAAAGUUAAAUAUGUUCUUUGUGAAUGCUUUAAAAAAAAGUUAAAUGUAGUUUCUGUAACAGUAAAACACCGUCAUAUCUCAUGGCAAAACCUUAAUUUAUACAGCAUUUUUAAAGUAAUUUAUAUGGAAUAAAGCUGUUUGUUUAACAUUUGGUAAAUUGCACAGAAACCUACUGUCAUAUCUCAAUUAUAUAAAUGGUAACUAAUAAUAAUAUAAUAUUUGCUAUAAACUUUUACUAUAUCCUAACAGUAGCACAUGAAACAGAUAAUCUGUGGAAAAUCAGGUUCCUCUGGCUCCUCCUAGUGCUCCUAAUGGCAUUUGCAAAAAUCCACCGGGCCUGAAUGAAAAUAACCAAUCAGAGCCAAGGAAGAUAGGUGACUGUUGAGUCUCAAUCCCAGGUUGUCUAAUACAAAUUCUUUGGCACCCUAGGAAUGAGACUCAGCAAUCAACUAUCUUCAAACUUCCAAGUGUGUUUAUAUCUCUCUCGCCUCUGAUAUGUUGUUUCCGUUUAGGCCAGGUAGAUUCUUGCAAAUACCAUUAGCAGCACUAGGAGGAGCCAGAGGAAGCUGAUUUUUUCACAGAUUAUCUGACUCAUGUACUACUGUCAGGACACAGUGAAAGUUUCAGCAAAUAUGAAAAGAAGUUAUUUUUAUAAAAGUUACCUACUGCAGCUUUAAGAUAAGGUCUACAGUUUUCCUUUGGUGAAUGCAAUGCAUUUUCAUUUUCAAGUUCAUUUGUUGUUAAAACAAGAUGUUUCUCUAAUGACAAAAAUACUUUCUCCAAUAAUGGCAUCUUUGCUCUUCCAUAGCUUAUCUUGAGAUAGCGAGGUAAUGAAGUCAUGAUCUGUGAAUUAAAUAAAACUACAACAGGUAUUAGCAAUCACAUCUGCUCCCAGCUUCCACAACAGAGGUGAAGUUUAGUUUCCUUUUCAGGGAGAGAGUGGUGUUAUUCAGGCUGUAGGUUUAUCAACUAAAUAAUGUGGUUAUAUCUUAGAUCACUUCAAGCCAAAGGUUCUGGUAGACAUAUCUGGUGUGUUUAUGUGUAUAGUCAAGAUUCUACAUAAAUAUGAAUUAUGAGUUAAGAAAAAAAAGGCUUGCCAUGGCAACAAAACUGUUCAACCCAUUUAAUUGCUUAGUCCACAUGCUGUGAUAUGAAAAAGAAUUAGGGCCACAUGAAUUAAAAAAAAAGAUAAAUUAGAUUAACUACAGGAAAAGUUUGGAUCCACUUGUUGGGAGAUUAAAUGUUUUGUGGCACUAAUCCUCUUCCGUACUGAGUAGUGUUGGCCAUCCAGACAUAGAUGUUUUUUAUAUAAACUUCCAAUAUAUUCAUUGGUAUAAUGAUGAUGAUUUUUAUAUUACAGGAGAGAUUUAAAAAAUAUAUAUAGCAGUGGCCAGUGCUGCUGUGUCUAUUUUAUCUUUUUGUUUGUUUUGUUUUGCCUCGUUUUUUUAACUUUUCUUUCAUAUUUCAAAUUGAAAGGGGGGUAAAGUAUAAUAAUCCAACAAUGUAUUAUAUUUGAACUGUGCAGUGAAGAUGUUCUCUUAUAUGAAAUACACAAUGGUAUAAUGUUUUAGAUUUAGACGAGUAGAUGAGUUGUUAGGGCGAGCUAUCUCAUUUUCUAUCAAAUCAUAUUCAGAUUUUUAUUAACUCUUUACAAAUAAUGUAACCACAAUGUAGAUACUCUCAUUCAUCUAUUCUUUUUUGUUGGUCAGCUGUACCAUUUUGCACAUAAACUUGUAAUUUUCACAUAAACCUGAGACAUAUCAGUGCUGUAGUUGUAAUAUUUGUUCAUUUCUUUCUCAUUCAUAAUGUGACAUCCUUUCUGCUAUUUUCUAGAAGUCUUUCUCUUUGAAAAUUAACUGUUUGAAUAUUACAAUACUAAAUGAAUAUGAGAAAUAAAUGAUUUGUGGACAGACUAAUCUAUGAUGUAAAUAGAAGUUAAUGGAAUAAAUCUGUAGUGUAUUUGAAAAGCACUACAUGGGCAACAGGAGCUCUGCUACGGCUGCGUUGCAAGCCAGCCUACGGGCCGCUUCCUGUGCCACAUUCUGUUUACAACUAUUCCCAAUUAGUGGUGUUGUUAAUAUCUCCCUUUUUUGUAUUUAUAACAAAUUAGAUAGGAAAAACUCUCAGAUGCAUCACAUUAUAAAAAAGGCAGCGGUAAGAGUCUCAGGGGGGCUGCUCGGCUCCGCUGGUUCGAACCUUCUUCUGUGUGCUGUGUGCGAGGACUGUCGAUCAGAGCUUGGGCGACCUGUAGUCCUCACUAUGCUGAAUGUCUGACUCCGCAACUACUUUAUACAAGCUCUGCUUCCAGUAGGUGUUGUGGUUCAAAACAAGGCUUCCUACCCAGUCAUUGUAUGUGCAUGUACUAAUGGUUCUUCCACUAAUCAAUAACCAUCAAUAAAGUUUUGUUUUCUCAA